AUGCUCGCCAUCUCGCUCCAAAGCGUGCUUGCUCUGAUCGCUGCUGCGACCCUUGCAUCAGCUUCGCCUCGCCUCGACCAGCGUUCGCAAGACGCUUCGGCCAAGUCUGGACCGUUGGGUCUCAACAAUGUCAAGUGCAGCGAUGUGACGCUCCGCACUUCCGUCACGACGCAAAACUUUGACUUUGUCAACGUCAUCGACAAUUACGAUUCGUCCGACUACGUCACCUCGACGUUCUUGGCGUUCACGGGCCGCAAAGAGCAAUGGGUUGCCGAGCAUUUCCCCGGCACUCGUAGCCCAGUCAGCAGUACAUUCACACUUCGCGGCAGCUACUGCGAGCCGAUUCGUGGUGCGAAAAAGGGCUCUUCGCUGCUCUUGGCUACGCACGGAAUCGGCUUCAACAGAUCGUACUGGCGCUUUCCUUACAAAGGUCCCGAGUACAGCUUCGUCAACCAUGCUGCGAGCUACGGCUACAGCAGCUUCAUCUACGACCGCAUUGGAACUGGCAAGUCCGACAUUCCCGCCACCGGAGGCUUCUCUCGCAUGCAGUCGCCAACAGAAGUUGGUGUUCUGACCAACAUCCUCGAACAAGCGCGUAACAGCAGUGUCAUUGGUGGCAAGAAGCACGCUCGCAUCGUCGGCAUCGGACACUCCUACGGCUCGGGUCAGACCCUGGCAGUGACGAGCGCACGGCCGGAGCUCUUGGACGGCGUGGCGCUCACUGGUCUGACCCCGGCCACCGAGUACGUUCCCGACACCAUCUACUCCGGUGCAUACACCCCGAUGCGAGAGAUUGCUGGCAUCGAGAAUCGCAACAGACCAAGCAUUUGGAUCGCGACUGGUUCGCGCACUUCGCUGGUUCAAAACUACAUCGACCCUGACAAUGCCGACGCAGAGGCUGUCAACAUUGCCCGCCGAGGCGAAGAGGGCGUGACGCUUGGUAUCUACACGACCCUCGGCAAUAUUGCGAGCCCUGCGCCCGCUUUCAACAAGCCCGUCCUCGUGCUCAAUGGCAAUCACGACUUGCCAUUCUGCGGCUCCAAUUGUGAGCGCACCGUGCCGCCAUUGCCCGAAGGACUUCGUGCCAUCUACCCGGCAGCCAGCAACUUUACCUCUGUCAUCAUCCCCAACACCGGCCACGGCAUUGCGCUUCACCGCAGCGGUCCAGACAGCCACGAAAUCUUGCUCGAUUGGGUGAUCAGCAAUGGCCUCUGA